UUAAACAAAAAAAUAUAUAAAUAUUUUGGAAUAGGCAAAAUUCGAAGUAUUUAAAUUGUUUUAUUUUGAGUAUGUCUCUUACAAAAGCCAUUGGAAACCAACGAAAACAAAGGCCAAUGUCUGGAAGCAUAAAUUCAGCGCCCAAACCCAACAAUGCCAAAGUGCUGCGCCAGCAGCAGCGCAUCUUGAAGCAGAACUACAGGAACUCAGGCAAUGGCCAAUUUCGACGCGUUGAGCAUCGCGUCUGGCGUAAGACAAUCGUUGUGACCAAGCCCAAAUCAAAGGACAGAGUGCCUCGGUUGUUCCGCGCCGAUCGAUUGACUGGCCUGCCCCUUGAUUACGAGCGCACUGUGUCGCGGAUCAUGUCAUACGUUAAUCCGCAGCACUCACGGACGCCCAGUCCGGAGAAGGCUUUGGAGAAUCUGUUCUCGCAACAACUGGCUGGGAUUUUUGAACUGUGUAGCAGAAACAACCAAUGUCCUCGUGCCAUGAAGAACCAAAUCCGUCUGAUGCUAAAAUCCUAUGGAACGAAGACCCCGCAGAGCAUUGGAGAGGCGGACAAUAGAAAUCUUUGCGAGUUUCACAGUGCUUGCACACGUGGCCCCACACCAAGGCCUGAAUUUCAAGCGCCACCCACAUACAAAAGUAAAUUCAAUUACAACACCCUGAGGAUUCACACCACGUAGCAACUGGGUGAAGGACGGACACUGACUAUGUUUACGAACACAACUAUACUAUAAACUUGCCAGACAUUAUUGAAAUGCAUACCACGGCCUCUAGAUUAUCUUGUUAUAAAUGUCCGAACAUAUGCAAUGUAUAUGCGCAUAUAUUCCUAUGUAUAUACAUGCCUAUAUACAUACAUAUAUAUGUAUUCAUAUAUUCAAGUGCAAGUGCAUGUGGCAAUGGACAACAAAUGCGAUAAAUGCAUAGAUGGUAAAUGACAAUUGACGUUAUGCAUAAAUCUUCAAUCUUCAAAAUUAGCCAUCGGCAU